GGCCCGAGUCCAGCACUAAGUAGGAGUUCUAAUGUUUUACGGAGUAUUCCCUAAAUAGGAGUUCCUUUUACCACUAUACCCCUGAUUUAAUUAAACCCCAUCCGUUUCCCCUCCCCUUUUGAGCAAUUCAUUUCCCCCAGAUCUGCGCACCUCUGUUUUCCCCAAUCGGCAAAUCUCCUUCCCCUUGUGAUCUGCGCAUCUCACCGGACCUUUGAGCUCUUCUUAGUCGUUCGCCAUGGUGUUCCUGUGAUUGUCCCAGGCAGAAGCAAGAGGACAUAGUGGUGGUGCUCAAAGAUACUACCGUGUGGCAGUGGCCUCGUCGCCGGAGUAGAUUGACAUAUGAGGUUGUCGCCGGAGGCAGCGGCGGCUGAGACGCCGGUGGGCACGAGGGGCUGAGACGUCGGAGGGCGGCGACAGCGGCUGAGACGAUGAAUGGUUGUAGAGGCGGCUGAGAUGCCAGAGGCGGUGGCGGCGGUGGCUGAGGCGCCGGAGGGCAGCUCCGACGGCGGAUGAGGAUCCUGAGGGUGGCGGCGCUUGGAACGCCGGAGGGUGGUGACGCCUAGAACGCCGGAGGGCGGCGGCGGCGGUAGAUGGAAUGCCGGAGGUCUAAGACGCUGGGACAUUGAAGCCUUGAAGGAUGACAAGAGGGGCUGUGGGUGUGGCAGUACUGCUAGCUAAGGGUUUUGAAUUUUUUUAAUUCUAUUCUUCAUUAAGGUUACUAGUAGCUCACCCGUGCGAUGCACGGCAAAAAGCUUAAAUAACAAUUAAAAGAGCUAAUGUUGAAUAACAAACAUUAGAUCUACAAAUUUAGAAAAACUUCUUAGUAGAUAACAUUUGGAGUCACAUUGUGCUUUGUUCUUCUUCAUCUACUAACAAAAAUUUCAGCCUUUUCUAUUGGUAAAUCUGGAAACUGCAACAUAAAGCCGACCAUGAGAGAAAACUUGCUUCUUCAACAACAAAUUACCCGUAUUAACCGGAACAUAAAGUUGACCAUGAGACAUACUUCUAAACAGGCUUUCAAAAAGCUCUUUGUUGUGCAAUUUACCCGUGAGAUGCACGGGCAAACAAAGUGCAUCGAAACUACUUAAAGAAAAAACAAUAUGCAUCAAAAUAAUUAUUCUAAUUAUAGGAGAACAACUUAAUAGUACUACUUGUAAACAAUUAAUAACAAAAUCCAAUAUGGUUUCUAUGAAUUUUGGAAAGCUUGGUUUGUUCUAAAUUAUGCACACUAAAAAACAUGUAUAAUUACCUAUUAUUAUAUUUUUUGUAAUUAUGAUUUAUAAUUAUAAUUUUAUUUAUAUUAUAUAAUUAAUUACAAUAAUUAUAAUAAUUGUAAUUAUAAUUAUAAUUAUAGAAAUAUUCCAAUCAGAUGAGAUCAAAAAGAUUCAGAUCAGAUCAGAAAGAUUCAAAUCAGAUCAGAUCAGAAAGAUUCAGAUCGGAUCAAAUCAGGUGAGAAAGAUUCAGAUCAGAUCAGAAAGAUUCAAAUCAGAUCAGAACUUAAAAAAUUUAGAUCAAAAACAUUCAGAUCAGGUGAAGAGAACAACUUCUAAUAGGGGUUAUUUUCCUAAGUUUCUUGUGGUGCUUUUUCUGGAGUGUUAAAAAAGACAGGAGGAUAGUGAAUCCUGAAAUCGUGAAGGGGCGUGCCUUCACGUGCUAGAGUAGGAGACUAGGGAUCCGGAGCCUCUACCUUACUUUAAAGUAAGGUAGGGUGCCUUGCUUCUUCCGGGCCGUCCGAUCAACAAUUCAACGGUCGGAGAUCUUGGGCUCCACUUUUUCGCUAAUCUCGAGGCCUGCUUUGCUACUGCCCGACCGUCCGAUGCGCAAGGCACCGUCCUAGUCGGGCAGAGGAUCCCAAUCCGGAGACUAGGAGGUACUCGAACUAGUAUAUAUAAAUCACAUUGUCAAAGUAAAAUAGUUAAAAUAGUAUUAAAAAAAAUACACUGCUUUUAUCAAAGUAAAAUAGUUAAAAUAAGGCUCUGUUUGCAAACCCAAUUGGGAAGUGCUUUUAACUUUUUUAAAUGAUUUGGUAAAAAGUAAUUAAUAGUAAAAGUUAUUAGUGUUUGAGAAAAAAGUGAUUUUGAAAAGUAAAAGUUGGUGUUUGGUAAAAUAAAUGUUUUUUGUGUAAUAGAAAAAGUAAAAAGCAGAUUCUAGCUUUUAGCUUUUAAGUAAUUCAUUUAAGUAGAAGUUGUCAUUUGAAAAUAUCUUUUUUAGUUUUUUAAGCCAAAAGAUGGGAAGUGCUUUUUUAGUUGUAUUUGCAAACAGAGCCUGAGUAAUCCACACCCUUAAGCAAUUUCAGUCAGUUUGUUCAGCUUUAACCGCCAUCACCUUUACACUAUUGGACAUUGUCAAUUUUUAGUUGGUGUAUUGUGUAAUUAAGAACCCAUUUGGUACCAUAAAAAUAGAUUCAAUCGGUUCAAUCCGUUGAAAUUGAUAAAAUUCGGGCUAAGGUGGUUUAAUAUGCUGAAUUGUGAGAUUUUUUUUUUUUUUUGGAAGAAUUCGGCUUAUAUUGAUAACAGAUAAUUCAGAGUAUGGGCCAAAUGACAAAAACAAAUCUGACAACCGUUAUCCCGCGAACCAGACUCGGAAUUAAUCACCUCCAAAGAAGCAAUAUAAUUCAUUGAUCCAUAAAUGGGAACCCAAAAGCCAAAAAUGGUCAUCAUAUUCCUCUCAUCCCCCAUAUCCAAAACCAACGUCUUACAAUCAGGAAUACUAAAGCAAAAACAAACAACAAAACUGAAAUAAAAAUUACUGAAAAACAAAUACUCCAAACUUCUUGAAACUUCAUCUUCCAAACCUCGACAUCUCGAUCAAUCCAAGGCGGCGGUUCAGGCGGGGGACCCGCCGAUCUGUGUUCUCCCUUGUUCAGCCCUUCGUCGCUCCAUGUCCGUUCAUCGCCUUUGCUGAGGGUCGAAACCAAACACUGAAGCAUUGCUAGAUUGCCCAACCCUUUACGAUUCCAUAUAAUAAUGCUCAUCUUCCCCGGGUUCAACUCGCCUCAACCACACGAAUGGUAUCGAAGCUGCCGCCCCCUGAACUCGAAGACGUCCUAAACCGAAAAAAAAACGUUCACAUAAACCUGCGAGAGGAGAAUCAUCCCACCGGCCUCCACAAUCGAGAAUAAAUCCACAAAACCAAAACUCCGAAGAGCUCGGACAAAAAACCGCACUCCUCUCGACAAAACCAGCGGCGGCCGAGACCGCCUAGGCAAGAUGCGGCGGACGAAGACCUAGGCGUUACCGGAUGGUAACCCUAGAGAGAGAAGCUCCCAGAACGUUUCUCAUUUACAAAAUCUCUUUUGUGAAUAAUUAUUGUGAGAAAAAUAUAUUUAAAAUAUACUAUUUAGUUUAUUAAUAAAAUAAAUAAAUAAAUGUACGAAAAAAACUAAAAUGAUCAUUUACAGUACUUCAAUCAAUUCAGCCAGAAAAGUAAUUUUGACCUUAUUUAUUUUGACUAUUACAAAAUUCAACCUGUUAAAUCAAUAGUUACGUAUUUGAUAAAAAGUUGGCAUAUACGGUGAAAAUUUGGGUUCCAAAACAGACUAAAAUUUGUGAUGAGAAGAGUUUAAUGCACCAAAACCUCGUGUAAUAUAUAAAAUCAGCGCAUUAACUCUUUGUGUUUCGAAAAAAUGUGUCCAACUCUCAUUUAUUAUAAUCAUUCAUGUGCAAAACUCCAUCCAAGAAUAAAUUUAACAAUUUGAAAAAUAUAUCUCCCAAUGUUAUAAGUGAACCUGCAAGUAAAUUUGUCAAUGUUUCUAAAUUAUGCAAAAUACUAAUCAUUUUCCAUUUAUAUGGCAAUUGAAUUUGAAGAAAUUGACGUAAUUAGGACUAAAACAUAGCCAUUCUUCGAAAAUAGGACUUUUUUUACUAAAUUUCCAAAAUAGGACUUAAUGUUUUAAAUUCCCUAAAUGGGGCUCCACAUUGUCUUUUUACCCCUAAUAUAAUACAACUUUAAAUCUGUUCGGCAUCUCUACGCUCUUCUCGAUUGACUCUCUCUCUCUCUCUCUAUCCCUCUCUCUCUCCCACCCCCCCCCCUCCCUCCCCCCCCUCUCCCCCCUCUUGUCCACCAUCUCUGUCACUUCGAUCAUUGCCAAAAUCAGCUGUCAUCGAUAGCUUCUGCUGCACACCUCGCUCUACAAAGGUGGGCAUGUCUGCACAAGAAACCUCUUUCUUCUCUUCUCUCCUCUUCCCUUCCCUUCCCUUCCCUUCCCUUCCCUUCUCUUCUCUUCUAUUUUCUAUGCAUCUUGCAUUUGUUAUAUUUCUAUUUACUUUCCCCGAGCAUUUUAUGGUGUCCAAUCUUGUUAAAUAUCUUUGUAUUUGUGCAACUAUCAGUUUAGAUGUUUAAUAUGGGCUACAGGUGUAUUUCAACCCAUUAGCACCUUUGUAAUACGUAAGUUAGACAUCAUUGUCUAUAAUUAAAAGGAAGCUAACUUACGUAAACCCUAAGUAUCAAAGAAUAGUUGCAUACUAGCCAUGUCAUAUGUGUUUUCUUCUCUAUUAUGUUGUUUGAUUGUUGAAAACAGAUUCUAAAUAAAUAUGCAACUUUUUGUUUGAAAAAAAUUGGAUUGUAAACAUUGGAUAUGAAAAUUAGAGGCUCCAACCAUAGCAAUUCCAAAUUUUAAGGAUUUGAGUUGCAGGAUAUAUGUAUUUUUAUUAACUUGUAAAAUAAUGCCACAUUAUGGCAUUUUUUUAAGAAGGCAAUAUUACAUCUUUGAAAAUGUCAUGUUUUUUUACAAAUAAUGCCAUUCUUUUUAAUGACAAUAUUACUCUCUAUUUUUCUUUUUCAUCUCAAAAUUUACUUUUUCGAUUUUAAAAUGCCAUGAAUGUAUACCUUCAUGUCAUAAUUUCAUAUAAAAAUGUCAUAAUUUUAAAUAAAAAAUGUCAUGCUUAAAUAUGAAAAUGACAUAUUUUUGCAUCGAAUCUAGUAAUGUCAUGUUUUUGCCAUUCUUUUUUUAUCAUGGAAAUCCCACUGCAAAUUUUUAACAUACUCUCCAAGGGAGAUAGUUGCGACGAAUAAGGAUGACAAUAGGGGCGGGGACCCGUGGGGAACCGUCUCGCGGGGAAAGGAUGGGGCAGGGCUUGGGGUAAGGAAGGGGUGGGGAUGGGUGAGAUACUUUACCCCGCUAAAAUAUGGGGCGGGGGGACAGGGAUUGCUACACCCGCCUCGUCCCCGACCCAUCCCCUAGCCUUUAUAAAUAUACACUCAAACAUAUAUACACACAUGCAUACAUAUACAUACAUACAUACAUAAUGUAUAAAUAUAUUUAAUUAAGUUAUAUGUUGUACAAAAGAAAGACACAUGUUUUAGCCAUGGUUAAUGAAUUAAUACAUAUUAUAUCAUAAUAAUAAGUAAUGACUAAAAAUAUUUAUCAUAGAUGUUAUAUGAGUUUUAAAAGUGAGAAAGUGAGUUAAAAAAUGCACACACAUGUAUAAUAUAUAUAAUUAAUUGUAUUAUAUUUGAUGAGAAAUUUGGAAGAAUAUGUUUAAUUAUAUUUUUACUUUUAUUGUCUUCACAUAACUUAUUUAAAUCAAAGAAUUAUUAAAAAUUGACGGUAAUAACUUUUAUCAAACACAAAAUUAUCCGCUAGUUUAACUUUUCAAGUGCGACAUGGUUUCUACGUGAAAUCUGAAGCGACCUUACCCUCUGAAGUAGGGUUUCGUUUUUCCGCCAAUUCUGUGUGGGGUUCGAUCGGAUGGCGAUCAACGGUGAACGAGAGGGAAGCAAGGAGUUUUUUAUACAGAAAAGCGCAUCCGUCCUGGGGAUAUUGCGACAAGAUCAGAUGCGAGGCCGAAUAUCUUCGAGCUCGGCAGGUGGCUUCUAGGAGGACGAAGGUGAAUCGUCCAUGGCGGAUGGCUUCAGGACAGUGGAAAAGCUGACUGGGAGAAUAAACGGAAUGGGGUUGGACAAUUUGGAGGAGGAGCUACUGCUAGACGACGACGAAGAGGGCAAAUGCAAAUCCGAUGGUGAGGCGACGGAGAAAGGAGCAGAGACUUAUCCAGUGGUAGGCAGAGUCCUCACGGAUAAGGCGGACAAAUUCUCGGUCUUCCGAGACUUCAUGGCGUCGUUGUGGCAUCCAGGAAAACGUGUGCUCAUCCAAGAUAUCGGGGAAAAAGGGUAUCUGUUUACUUUUUACCACGUUAUAGAUAUGAAUCGUGUGUUGAAUGACGGUCCAUGCUUGUUUGAUCAGAACCUGGUAGUAUUAAAAGCUAUUAAAUUAGGGGACAUGCCCUUGAAAGUUCCUUUGGAUACAGUCGAAUUUUGGGUUCAAGUUCACAACAUUCCGUAUGGCUUUUCGAAUUUGGGUUAUGCUCGUAAGAUUGGGACGAAAUGGGUAGUUAUGUUUCUUGGGAUGAUAAUCAAUUUGCAGAGAAAAAAGAAGCCUAUAUGAGGGUGCAUGUUCUGUUAGAUGUGAAAAAGCCCCUAAAGGUGGGAAUUACUAUGAAAAAGAGUGGGGGUGGGGGCUAUUGGGUAGAUUUUAGGUAUGAGAAGUUACCUAGUUUCUGCUUUGCAUGUGGUAUAAUUGGACACGCUGAGAAGUUUUGUCCUCUAGUGUACGAAUUUAGGGAGAAAGCGAGUGUAAAAUCAUUUGGUCCUUGGCUAAGGGCGAGAGGAGGGAGGACCCGCCCUUCCAGUGGUAGUCAGUGGCUGGUUAGUGAAGGAGGAAUGAGGAGAGACCAAACAGAUAGACAAAGUGUCUCCACGGAGGUGCAGGGACAGGGGCCGAGUCACAAGAAGGGAAAGCUACACGAUAGGGACGCGGAGGCAGCACUUGAGGAUGCAGGGGCUCUUAGCAGUGGCAAGGGGGGACAGAAAAGGAGGCAGACCUUGGGCGGGAAGGAGCAAGAACAGGAGCACUUAGAGGAGGAUGGCAUGGCUUUAGAUGAAUCAAAAAAUAGGGACGAGGCGGGCUAGAAUACCCGGACCCGCCACUAUCUGUGAAGAUCAUAUGCUCUUGGCAGAUUGCAGCUAUUUUUAUUUUAGACUUAUUUUUGUUUAAGUUGUUUUCCUUUUCAGACAGUGUGUUUUUCUGUUUGCUUUUGUUUUUAUUUUUGUCAAGACUCUAGAACAUAAGACAGGUGGAGAAGAGCUUAGUUUACCAGUCAUUGGCUCGGGUAUGCCCAAUUCAGGACAGCGAAUCUGGUUGCUUCUUUUGAGGUGGCAGAUUCUAAGUCUGGUUCAAGGGCAGACGACAGACAAGAGGUUCUUUGUCUGUUUGUUACAUGCUUACAUUCACUCUUAUUAAUAUAAGCCACCUUCUUCCAAAAAAACUUUUCAAGUGUGACACAUACAUACACAUAUAGUUCCUCUGUCUCACAAUUAAGUUCCUAGUUGCACUUUUUGGAUCAGAUUUAAUUUUAUAUACUUCUUUGAAAUGUAUAUUAUUCAAAUAUUAAUUUAUACGGAGUAUUAGAUUUUAUAAGAAGUGUUUUAGAUAUUUAGGGUCAAUCGUCCACCUUGAAGACCGUAAAAGUCAAACUGGGAACUUAAUUGAGCAACAAAAGGAGUAUAAUAGAUUAAAAUUAUGUACACAAGAUAAAUAAAAUUUAUAUGGGAGCACCUGCGGGCACUCGUGGGGGACAACGGGGUGGGGCAGGGAUGAGGCGGGUCUGAAAGUAACGGAGGAUGAGGUGGGGAUGAGGAGAACUUUUUAGACAUGGGGCGGGUGAUGAGGGAGUGAACCCCCGCCCCAAACUCGCCCCGUCGUCGUCCUUAGAUGACGUCGACACAUCCAUAGGAUCAUUCAGUGGUGGCAAUGUGGAGGUCUCGAUGUAAGGCAUCAUUGCAACAGAGUAGCGGGGGGUCUACAGAUCACAUGAUGAUUUCACUAAGGGCAAUAUUGUCUAAUCAAUAAUUAAGAGUCCUGUUUAGGGAAUAAUAAAGUUAAUGUCAUACAUGUGCACUUCUACUAUAUUUUAGUCUCAUUUAAAGAAUUCUUUCUCAAAUUUGUUCUUGAAGAGGAUUUUGUACAUAAAUAGUAACUCCCUCUGUCCCUUAAAACUUUGCCAACUUUCCCUUUUUGGAUGUCCCACUAACUUUGCCACUUUUCAUUUUAAGUAAAGAUUUCUAAUGCCAGUUAAUUCUCUUUCCUCUGUACAAACCUCUACCACGCAGUUUUUACUUUAUUAAUCCUCGUGCCGGUGAAACUUGGCAAAGUUUUAAGGGACGUAGGAAGUAUAACUCAAACUCUCAAAGGAGUUAGACUCAUUUUUUAAGCUUCGGGAAUUCAUGCGCCAAAUUUAUAUAUCAUUGAGAAUUUGGUGCAUCAACUCGUGAUGAAAAGGAAAAAAGAGAAAGACAAAAAGUAUUAGGGUAUGUUUGACAUAACUAGCUGAAAAAACACUUUUAUAAACUUUUUAGUAACGGCUAGCUUUCAGUGACCGGAAAGAUCUUAAAACAAAAAGGUAGUAGUUGUUUGAUAUAAAGCUGACAGUUUAAUUUAGCUCUGUUUGGUAUACAAGCCGAGAGACUAAUUAAUGGUAGAAGCUACAGAUUUAUCUGAGAUGCUACUCACUGCAGCAUCUCAAAAAAAAUCUUUUAUUUUUGUAAAAGCUCUUAAGAAUUGGAAUGUCAAACAUACAACCAGAAGCUUUUAAAGACUUUUUAAAUAGUACAAAAGCUAGAAUACAGAGAUUUAUGUCCGCCAAACAUAACCUUAGGAUGUUUUCUCAUGGACUAAAAAUUACUGAUCUUGUUUAAAUCUGGCCUGAACUGAUCUGAUCUACCGAAAAUAGUCUACAAAACAUCCUUAUUCCUUACUCCUUACUCCAACAAAAAAGUAAUUCACGCGGCUUACGCGGGGCUGACGACAACCAAGGUUCGGUUCCCGCAUAGGCUGAGCUUCCAUUGGUCCGAACAACUCACCGAUUCUCCCCUUUUAUUUUAUUUUAUUUAUUUAUUUAUUUAUUUAUUUAUUUAUUUAUUUAUUUAUUUAUUUAUGCCUCCGUAUUAUUUCUAUUAUUACUCCGUAUUUAUCCUUCCUUCCGAAAGAAAAUUCCGGAAUAAAACUUAAUUAAGCAACAUAUACUCCGUAUAUAAAUAUAUACGAAUAUAUAUUUCUUGUGUAGUUUUUUUUUGAAUUUGCAGAGCUCCAGAAAUUUAAUCGAUCAACGGAUCCGCGAUGGCUUCUCCCGCUGAGUACUACAAAUCUCUUCCACCAAUCAGCAAAGCUUAUGGCACUGCUUGUUUGGCUGUUACAGUUGCAUAUGCAUUGGGGGUAGUCGAUCCGGUAAACAUUGCAUUGUUGCAUGAGCUUGUAUUCUAUCGUUUUCAGGUGUGGAGAUUAAUAACGAAUUUCUUUUUCCUCGGAAAGUUUUCCAUCAAUUUUGGGAUUCGCCUCUUAAUGAUAGCUAGAUAUGGUGUGCAGCUGGAGAGUGGGCCCUUUCAAAGACGCACAGCUGAUUUCCUAUGGAUGAUGAUAUUUGGAGCCUUAUCAUUGUUGGUUUUAUCAUCGAUUCCUUACUUCUGGAGCCCUUUCCUGGGAAUAUCACUUGUCUUCAUGCUUCUAUAUGUCUGGAGUAGGGAAUUCCCAAAUGCCAAUAUCAAUAUAUAUGGCCUUGUGACUUUGAAGGCAUUUUAUCUCCCUUGGGCUAUGCUUGGUUUAGACGUGAUCUUUGGAUCACCAAUAAUGCCAGAUCUCUUGGGUAUCAUUGCUGGACAUCUGUACUACUUCCUAACAGUGUUGCAUCCACUUGCCACUGGGAAGACCCUCCUGAAAACACCAACUUUGAUACACAAAUUGGUAGCAAGAUGGAGAAUUGGUGGCGCAUUAACAAAUCGAGCAGAACCUGAGAGGAGUUCAGGCGGAGCAUUCCGAGGGAGAUCUUACCGUCUUAGCGGAUGAAGAAUACUAUGUUCCUCCUUUUGUUGGAGUGGAAAGCAUGUAACUGAAUGUAGAUGAUGAUUUGGCGAUGUCCUCCUAUAUAUGUCGAAUGUGAUGCUGACACCUAGUCUAGACAGGACUGGAGCUUGCUGUAACUGGAGAGAUUUUGUUCUUUCACGCCGAUUGCAAUUUACUCUUCUGAACAUUGUGGAACAUUUAACUAAGUUUCACUGUUUCAGUUUCUUGUCAGUAGAAACUGUAAUGAUCAUUCAUGUGUACUGCUGCAUAGUUCUGGCUGCCCCAUUGCAGAAAUAGUGAAGUAACUUGGGUGCGGUAGGAAAGAUGAAGAGGACUCACAUGUUUGUUCUAUUUCUCAUUUGGUUUCUCUCAAACUGUUUCCCCUAAAUAUUGUCCACUUUUCUAAUUCAUACUUUAUACGUCACACAUUUUUACCUUUUUAAUUCAUAAUUGACCAAUCUCUC